AUGCAACUGCUAAAAAUGCCAGCAGGGUUGGAUAAUUUGGAUUUUGCAGUGCUUUGUGCACUUGCGCUUGCUGUAGUUGCGUACUUGGGACGUGAUACUUUGAAGAAUCUGUUUACAUCGGACAAUUCGUUGACCAAUGUGACAUCGGAUUCUCGCGAUUUGGUCGAAGUUGUGAAGGAGAACGGUAAGAACUUUGUGGUUCUUUUCGCUUCUCAAACGGGUACCGGUGAGGAUUACGCCAGAAAGUUUGCUAAGGAACUAAUCUCGAAAUUCCAGUUGAAGGUCAUGUGUGCUGAUGUUGAGAAGUACGACUUUGACAACUUGCAUUUGUUGCCUUCGAGCAUCCCAGUGUCCUUUUUCGUCUCUACUUAUGGUGAAGGUGACUUCCCAGAUGGCGCUUUACCAAUGGAGGAGUAUUUGAGUGGAGUGGAAGAAGGUUCUUUGAGCAACUUGAAGUACACUUUGUUCGGUCUAGGUAAUUCGACAUACGAGUUUUUCAAUGGUGCUUCAAAGAAGACCGAAGGCUACUUGAAGGCUGCUGGUGCUCAUUUGAUCGGUACUGCUGGCUUGGCAGAUGACGGUGCUGGUACUACAGACGAAGACUACUUGUCCUGGAAGGAAGCUACUUUAGAGGCAUUGAAGGAUGUCUUGCGUCUAGAUGAGCACGAGGAAAAAUUCGAACCAGCAUUCAAAUACGAGGAAUUGGAACAAUUCCACGAUGAAUCUGUCUCCCAAGGUGAACCAAACGCAUCAUAUUUGCCAAUCAACAGUCCUAAGGCACCAUUCACACAAGCUCAACCUUUCCUAGCUCCAAUCGUCAAGUCAAAAGAGUUGUUCAAGGACCCAACCCGUAACUGUAUUCAUGCAGAGAUCAGCCUAGAGGGCUCAAAUCUAAAAUAUACCACCGGUGACCACAUUGGUAUUUUACCAUCAAACUCUGAUGAGCACGUGAAGCAGUUCUUGGAAACUUUCAACUUGAAACCACAUACAGUUUUCGAUUUGAUCUCUACCGACCCAACUUCAAAGCCACCAUUCCCAGUCCCAUGCAGUAUCGGUGCUGCUGUCAGACACUACAUAGAAAUCACUGGCCCUGUAUCGAGAGCCACUUUUGGCCAAUUGGUAGAAUUCGCACCAAACGAGGAAGCGAAGAACAAGCUAUCUCAACUAGCCAAAGACAAAGAUGACUUCGCUAGAGAAAUUACAGCCAAGCAUUUCAACUUUGCUGAUGCCGUUCUUUAUGUGUCAGGAGGCAAGCCAUGGACUACUGUGCCAUGGAAUUUCCUAGUGGAAACUCUGCCUCACAUGCAACCUCGUUACUACUCUAUUUCUUCGUCAAGCACUUCAGAGCCAGGAACUGUUCACAUUACUGCCGUUGUGGAAAACGAACCAAACACAGAGGUAGAAGGUAAGAGAAUCACAGGUGUAACCACCAACUUGCUAAGAAACAUCGAGCUAGUUCAAAACAAGAAGGAUGUUGAAGCUUCUACGCUUCCAAUCAGAUUCGAUUUGAACGGUCCACGUAACUUGUACCAUGGAUUCAAACUACCAAUUCAUAUUCGUCAUUCCCAGUUCAGAUUACCAUCAAACCCUAGUACUCCAGUUAUCAUGGUGGGUCCAGGUACCGGUGUCGCACCAUUCCGUGGGUUCAUCAGAGAAAGAUGCGCCUACAAGGACCACCACAAGGACGAUUCUGAGGCAGUGGAGCAAUUAGGUAAACACAUUCUAUUCUACGGUAGUAGGAAUUUGGACGAUUACUUGUACUCCGAAGAAUGGCCUGAGUAUGCUAAAAAGCUAGGGGAAAGUUUCGAACUAGUCGUCGCUCACUCCAGAUUAAACCCUCAAAAGAAAGUCUACGUGCAAGAUUUACUAAUUGAUAGAGCAGAAGAUAUUUUCAAGUUGAUCAAAGAGGGCGCGUUCAUCUACGUGUGUGGUGACGCAAAGGGGAUGGCCCAAGGUGUACACAAGGCUCUAGUACAGAUCGUCUCCCAAGGAAACAACAUUUCUGAAGAAGACGCUGCUGGUGUCAUUAAGAUGAUGAAGACCACAGGAAAGUACCAAGAAGAUGUCUGGUAA